GAUUAAACAUAAUAUAUAAUUUUGUUAAGAAAUAAGGAGGUUUGUUGUAGUUUGCGCACGGGUGCGUAGUGCGUACCCUAGCAGGAAGUGGAUUACAAGUAUUCUGUUAUCGUUAUUCCUCUUCUUCUUCUUAUUGCUCCACCCUGCCUGGUGGAACCAAACGAAGAAGACGUUCGGUUUUCCCUCUGCUUUUCGAACUUUCCAUCGACUCCACCAUGCUAUUCAAUUAGGGUUAGGAAUUAGGGCUUCUUCUUGUUUUCGCUCCGUUAAUUUCAACAACGGCCAACAUGGUUGUUCUCUCGCUUUCAUCUCCCAGCCUCUCCACCGCUCUCCUCGCAAAGAAGCUGCCUCCCCGAGAACACACGGUGAAGCUAGCGACCUUUCGCAACAAUUCAUUUCGCUUUAGAUGCGCGGUGGACACGCCCUAUGGAGGGAAUGCCCAAAAAUUCCCUCGAAUCAAUGUCUGGAAUCCUUACCGACGCCUUGGUAUUAGCCCUGAUGCCUCUGAAGAAGAAAUCUGGGGAUCAAGAAAUUUUCUGUUGCAACAAUAUUCUGGGCACGAGAGGAGUGAAGAAUCAAUAGAAGCAGCUUUUGAAAAAAUAUUGAUGGCAAGUUUCGUACAGAGGAGGAAAACAAAAAUUAAUUUGAAAAGCAAGUUGAAAAAGAAAGUAGAAGAGUCUCCACCAUGGGUGAAGAACUUGCUAAGCUUUGUUGAACUUCCACCAACUGAAGUUAUCCUCAGAAGAUUGUUUCUCUUUGGCUUCAUGGGUGGCUGGAGUAUUAUGAAUUCUGCUGAAACUGGACCUGCUUUUCAGGUGGCAAUCUCUUUGGCUGCUUGCAUAUAUUUUCUCAACGAAAAGACAAAGAGCUUGGCUAGAGCAUUCAUUAUUGGGUUUGGAGCUCUAGUGGCUGGAUGGGUCUCUGGUUCAUUGCUGGUACCUAAUAUUCCAUCUAUGUUGCUGCGGCCAACUUGGACACUUGAACUCUUAACGUCAUUGGUAGUUUAUUUGUUCUUGUUCGUUGCUUGUACUUUUCUUAAGUGAAGUGGAAACUAUUCUUUCAACGUUAUAGUCGGUGAUGAGUUUAUAGGUGAUCAAACAAUUUUUUUGUUUUUGUUGUUGUAGCGAGCCAAAUUGUUUAGUGUCGUCUUUUUUUAUGAAAACAAUUGUCUGAGUUGCCAAUAUUCAGCAGAUAUAUUAUUACCGAGCCUUAACUCCUUGCCUAAAUUUCCGUUGGUUACGGGGCAAGAAGUUCUUCCACCGUGGUUUGUGACUUCAAUCUUA